AAUAAUUUGGGGACCCCCCUUUCCAUACGUCUUUUUAUUGCUGUUUUACAUUUUUCAUGGUCAUUCAUUGAUUCUAUUCCCAGUUUCCCACCCCAACAACAAGAAGCUUUUAUCCCAGAGAGAGAGAGAGAGAGAGAGAGAGAGAGAGAAGUGAUGCCAUUGUAUUAAUCUAAUAUACAAGGAAGAACCUCUCCCAGUUGAUUCUACGACAAGUCCUCAACAGAACAUAAAACCAACAAACCUGUUAUGACCAAAGGAAACUCCUUCCUCUCUCCUCCCCCACCCGUCUCUCUCGAUCCAAAACGUACGUUCAAUUCCCGUCUCUCUACAGAGGGUUUGCCAGCCAAAUAGUAUUAAUUAAGUUGGAGCUAUGGCUUCCGACGAGAGCCCAACGAUACUACAAUCCUUCAGCAUGCAGGACAACGAACAUGAAUUUGAUGACGAGGGGGAGUAUAAUUAUCGUCCUGGUCAUCCUCACAACCUUUCCGAAAUGUCCAUGUGUACUAAUAACUCUACAGUUUAUGGUUUUGAUGAUGAUGGCUAUAGUAUCGGUAGAGGCAACUAUUUCCACCUUGACGAUGGCUAUAGUGAUACCAUCAGUAUGCAUAUGUCACAGUUAUCAAUGGAGAGUUUUCACUAUGGGGAUGCCGGUGGACAUGAAGAUUUCUCCGAUGAUGAGAGAGAGUGCAAAGAAAUAUCUGGCCGGGGAGUAUCCUCGGACUCUGAUCUGGAGUCGUUGGGGGACUGUCACUCGUCACCGGCAACACCACCACGACCACAAUGGAGGAAUCAGAGUGCGGAUUUGGAUCAAGUUCUAUUGCAGCAGGAGAAGCAUAAAGAGUACUACACAAGCAAGAACAAAGCCAAGAUGAUGAUGAUGAACACAAUGAGAGGAGAUAGAUGCAGGCUAGAGAGAGCAACAUCUUUUGGGGAUCCCAAUAAGAAGAAGAUUGCAGUGGAUGACGAGGCAAUGAUUGAUAGCAGCAGUGAGGGGGGAAAUGGAGACCUAGUUGGGAGAUCCGUGGUGAUAAAGACGAGACCGAGAGGAGGAGGAAGGUCCCUUUGUAUGGACUUGGAGGAAGUGAAGGCAUGCAGGGACCUUGGUUUUGACUUGGAGCAUGACCACUGCACUACCCUCCAUUCCUCUUCCUCCUCCUCCGCCAGUGUUGUUAUCAUGCCCACUACCACUACAACUAGCCUUUCCAUCUCCGAAACUUCCACUCUUGACACCAGCAGCAGCACCAGCAGCAGCUCUCCCAUCACUAAAUGGCGCAUCUCCAGCCCUGGUGAUGAUCCAAGAGAUGUGAAGGCUCGACUAAGAGUAUGGGCACAGGCAGUGGCACUCGCAUCUACAUCUUGGCACUGCUGCUAGCUACUGUCUGAACUGCUUUCCUGUACUAUAUAUGAAGAGACAUGCUUUGUGCACAUACUUCUGCCAUUUUUUUUUCCUAUUCCAGCCCUUCUUUACUUUUCCUUCUUUUGCAUCUUGAUCUUGUGGGAUUAACAAAGUCUGCUUCUUUCUUUUAUUGUACAAGAGAUGGUUUUCCAGAAUACUAAUUUAUUUGUCUUUGGGCAAAAAGAUAUAUUGGAUU